CGGAUUUGUGUUGCUGAAACGACCUUCUUCUCCUUCUUUUUUGUGACACUAUUUGUUGACUUUCUUUACUAUUUUUUAGUUAGUGUAGGCUUUCUCGGUAAAGUUGUUUUUUUCUUCGCACAACCUGCCCCGAGUUGUGUGUGUGUGUGAGUGUGUGGGUGUCCGUGUGAACGCUUGGUGUCGUCCACCAUGGAUUUGGUUUGGAUUGUGGGCUGCCUUGUGAGCUUGUGCGCCUGGUUCGCUUCUGCCGAGCGCCACAGCGUGUUCUGGAACAGCACAAACCCAAAGUUUCUGUGGGACGACUACUCCGUGGAGGUGAGGCUCAACGACUACCUGGACAUCGUGUGCCCGCAUUACCCGCAGGGCGAGGUGCCGCUGCUGGACGCCGAGCGCUACGUGCUCUACAUGGUGGAGCAGGAGGACUACGAGUCGUGCAAGCCGCAGUCGUACGACCAGAUGCGCUGGGAGUGCGGGCACCCGUUCGCGCCGCACGGGGCCGAGAAGUUCUCCGAAAAGUUCCAGCGGUUUACACCUUUCACUCUCGGGAAGGAGUUCCGCCAGGGAGAAAGCUACUAUUACAUCUCUAAACCUUUGCACCACCACGGACAAGAGUGCCUGCGACUCAGGGUGGACGUCGUAGCGGCCGACGGCUCUCAGGAGGCCAGAGUGGCCAAAGGAGGCACGGGUGGGGCUGCAGUCGGAGCUGGGGGUGGCGUUCACAACCCGUCCAACAGACUGCCGGCAGCAGACGACCCAGUGGUCAGCCUUCCCGAGGUCCAGAAGAGCGUGCGGACCAACUCGGCGGUGACGGCGUCAUCGCUCUCCAUCCUGUCAUUGCUCGUCCCUUUCUCAUUGCUGCUGUUGCUGCACUGAGCGAGCAGGCCAGAACUGCAGUUUUAUUUUAUUUCAGGGAGUACAAUGAAGACGGUCUGUGGGGACCAAACCACUAGACUCAAAAAGGAAAAAAAAGCUCGCCCAGCGCCGGCCGCAGGGCGGAGAACAGACGGACUCGCUUGAGAGACACUUCUUUGCUCUGAUUUUUUUGGACAACCUGCAGCGGAACCUGCCUGAUGAACAAUCAAGAACUGGACAAAAUAAACCUGAAAGGAGUCUAUCACCCCUUUUUGAGCCAAAGAUUGAUCUCUCCAUCUUGUACACUAAACCCACCCACCAGUGUUGUGUACUACUUGUGUGUUGUUAUUAUUAUUGUAAUGUGGCAUUGACGUCCUGAGUGAUUACUUUUUUUUUCCUAAAUGUAGCAGACGUGGAGGCUGUGGUCAUGGCAACAACCAUCAAUACAGUAGCACUACACACAGAAACAAACACAUCAAAAACGUAUUGUACAUGAUGUGAAGAUAAUUUAUGACAUUUGGGAGGUUUACUGUAUAUAACAACAUGAGUGUGUGCUACAUGAGAGGCAGACGUGCGUGCGUGUGUGUGUGUGUGUGUGAUAGUGGGAGUUGUCUUAAGACAAAAUGUAUUUCUGCCAAAAGCAAACACUGACUUGUGUUUUUUUCACGGAGAGGCUGGCCUUCUCUGUAUGUUGGCUCGCGCCCUCCUGUGUCAGCUGAUGUUUAAGCAUAAAAAAAAGCCUAUAAGCUAUCCCCGCUGUUUGGAUGGUUGACUUUGAACUAAGCAGCAUCAUCUCCCAACAGGCUGGCGUGAACAACAGAGCACAACACGAACGACUACCACUGUAGUCAUGGUUUUUAAAAGAAAACAACACAAAAACUAAAGAAAGAAAAACUUGUUACCUACUUUUUUUUGUACAUGUGUAAGUAAGACAAGUGUAUGAUAUGUAAAUACAUAGAUUAUAUAAAAACAAUUUGAUAAAUAUGACUAAUGUGACAUUUUCAUGUGGAAUAAAAAACAA